AGCAAGGGAGAAGGCCGCUCGUGACGAAGAGGAGAAGAAGACGAGGAUAAGGGAGGAAGACGAGAGACGAGAGAAAGACAAAAAGGAACGAGAAGAAAUGGAUUCGGUGUUCGCCAAAGAGAUGAACGCGAGAUUAGACGUGAUUAGUAGUGCUAUCGGUGGAAAGAAGGACAAGGAGGAUAAUGAAGUGAGUAAGUUGAAGGAGGAGAUCGAGAGACUUAAGAAGAGUCAGAGUGGGAAUGAAGCGUCAACAUCAUUAUCCGACAAAGAAGCUGUCAAGGUAUUGCAAAAAGAGAUUUCAGAUAUGCGUACUGCAUCGGAGGCACGAUUUAACAUGCUGGAAGAGGAGAUUACUAAGGAGAAAAGACUGAGGCAAGAAGCGGUAGCAGAUGCGGAGGCAUGGAAAAGUGAAGCGCUGCGUCCCGGAAAUAAGAGGGGGAGUUUGGCUGUUGGAGCGUCCCCGGUUACGCAAGCAAGAGUGCGGCCGAGGGUGUUACCCACUUCGACUCCGGAGGGCACAAGGAAGGUGGUCGACGAGCAUUAUCGAAGUGUGGUGAAAAGGCAUGGUAUGGAAGUGGAUGUGCUUCAGGAAAUGAGGAUGAAAGAGGUUAAGGCCAGGAGAGAAGUGGAAGAAGAACUGGCCAAGGUGAGAGAGAGGCAGCUUGAUGACCAACGAGAGAUGGAUAGACUGCGAGAGCGGAUGAGAAUGCUGGAAGUUGAGAAAGGAAGGCGGGGACCGGUGACGAAUCUGAAACCGCAGUUGGACGAGGCAGUGGGUGGGUCGGCACGGAAAAUGGAUAGGGCUAACAAGUUUGUUAGUCCGGCCGGAAACGGAAGUGAUAGGGAAAAGUUCGUAAAGAAGGCAAGGAGGGAUUUGAAGAAUCUCCGGAAAGAGGAGAUACAGGGCAUCUGUAGAAGGAGGGAAUCACGUAUGAUAAGCUCGACGUGACAAAAGAAGAGAUAGCUCAGUUAAGAAUCG